GUAAAAGAUCGGAUUCGUUCACCGACAGACUUUGAGUGGGUCAAACAGACACGUUUUUACUACUUAGAAGACUCCGACAAAUGUUUGAUCUCUAUCACGGAUGUCAAUUUUAUCUAUCAGAACGAAUUUCUCGGCUGUACAGAACGGCUGGCAAUUACUCCACUAACAGAUCGUUGUUACAUCACUCUGGCUCAAGCUCUAGGCAUGUCUAUGGGCGGUUCGCCUGCAGGACCGGCAGGAACUGGGAAAACGGAGACUGUGAAGGACAUGGGUCGAUGUUUGGGGAAGUAUGUGAUCGUGUCCAACUGCUCAGACCAGAUGGAUUAUCGCGGCCUCGGUCGGAUUUUCAAAGGCCUUGCUCAGUCCGGUUCGUGGGGUUGUUUUGAUGAAUUCAAUCGGAUUGAAUUGCCCGUCCUUUCCGUGGCCGCACAGCAAAUCGCAAUUGUGCUCACUUGUAAGAAGGAACGCAAGACACAAUUCUUGUUCACUGAUGGAGACACAGUGGAUAUGAAUCCGGAGUUCGGUAUUUUUCUCACUAUGAAUCCCGGCUAUGCUGGAAGACAGGAGUUACCUGAAAAUUUGAAGAUCAACUUCCGCACGGUUGCCAUGAUGGUCCCCGAUCGGCAGAUUAUUAUUCGUGUCAAAUUAGCUUCUUGUGGUUUCAAUGAUAACAUCAAUCUGGCUCAGAAAUUCUACACAUUGUACAAGUUGUGCGAGGAGCAGUUGAGCAAACAGGUAAGCUAUUUCAGUAUGGUUAUAAUUUAUAUGGAAAAAUUAGAAAAUUUGUAA